AUGUAUCGGAUCUCGAAUAUCUACGUCCUCGCCGCAUUCGGCACCAUCGGCGGAGCGCUCUUCGGCUUCGAUGUCAGCUCCAUGAGCGCAUGGAUUGGCGUGGACACCUAUACCGAUUACUUUGGGAACCCCGAUUCCAACCUGCAAGGCGGAAUCACAGCAUCCAUGUCCGCCGGCUCCUUCGCCGGAUCGAUUGCUGCCGGGUGGCUCUCCGAUUACCUCGGCCGUCGCGGCUCACUCAUGGUCGCAUCACUCGUCUGGAUCGUCGGAGCGAUGGUCCAAUGCAGCGCACAAAACGUCACCCACCUCGUCGCUGGUCGCGUGGUCAGCGGCCUCGCUGUUGGUGUGACCUCCUCACAAACCUGCGUCUACUUGUCCGAGCUGGCACCUGCACGAAUUCGUGGUCGUGUCGUGGGUAUUCAACAAUGGGCUAUUGAAUGGGGCAUCCUGAUUAUGUAUCUGAUUGCAUAUGGCUGCGCGGUGGGCGUGUCUGGUCCGGCUGCUUUCCGGAUCUGCUGGGGCAUUCAGGCUGUUCCAGGUCUGAUCUUGUUCAUUGCGCUUUUCUUCUUCCCCGAGUCGCCGCGAUGGUUGGCCGGAAAGGAGCGCUGGGAGGAAGCGCUGGAUACCCUGGCUUUGAUCCAUGGCAAGGGUAACCGCAAUGACCCUGUUGUGCAGGUUGAGUUUGAUGAGGUUCAGGAAGCUGCACGAUUGGCUCACCAAUCGAAGGAUGUUUCUUUCCUUGCUCUGUUCGGACCGAGAAUCUGGAAGCGCACUGUCUGUGGUAUGAGUGUGCAGAUGUGGCAGCAGCUCCUGGGAGGCAAUGUUGCGAUGUACUACGUUGUGUACAUCUUUGAGAUGGCCGGAAUGACUGGAAACACCACUCUUUGGUCAUCGGCUAUUCAAUACGUCAUCUUCCUGGUCACGACCGGUGUCAUGCUACCCUAUAUUGACCGGAUCGGUCGUCGCGUCUUGCUCCUGACGGGUGCCGUUGCCUGCAUGGUCGUCCACUUUAUCAUCGCCGGUGUCAUGGCCAGCCGGGGCAACCCAGUAACCAACAUUGAUGGAAACUACAACCUGACCUGGGAAAUCAAGGGCAGCUCCGGCAUGGCAGUCAUUGCCUUUUCCUACAUAUUCACCGGAAUCUACGGUUUCACAUGGGCUCCAGCCGCCUGGGUCUACGCAUCCGAAGUCUUCCCCCUGAAAUACCGAGCCAAGGGUGUUGGACUCUCCGCCUCCGCCAACUGGAUCUUCAACUUCGCCCUAGCAUACUUUGUCGCUCCGGCCUUCCACAACAUCCAAUGGAAGACAUACAUAAUCUUCGGUGUCUUCUGUUGCGUCAUGACCUUUCACGUCUUCUUCAUGUACCCCGAGACCGCCGGUCGGACUCUCGAGGAGAUCGACAUGGUUUUCGACUCGGACUUCAAGGCGUGGCAAAGCAACAAGGUCCAUGACAAGUUCGGCGAACAAGUCGAGAAGCAGAAAGAGGUAAAUGCUAUGGCUGGAAAGGAUGCUGAGGGCGCUACCCAUGAGGAAGUGGUUUGA